GUGAUAACGAGUUGGCGGUCAAUUCCAUGUGGCAGAAAGUAUAAAAGACAGCUAAAGCCUAUGAUAUCUUGUAGGUGCCUUAUACUGCCCUCCGAAUACAGCACCAUUCAUCUCACUCUUCGAUCACAAGUCUCGAGUAACUGCAAAAAUGGAAACUCGUCUCCUUCUUCCUGAUGGCCGUGGAAUGAAGCCACAAAUAUUUGGUGAGGGCGGCUCCAUAUUGGGCUCCAUGGCAUUUGGUCCUACUCAUAUAAAUUAUGGAAAAGAAGUGGUUCAAAAGGGUGAUAAAAUGGUUGUUUGCAGGGGAUCGAACCAAAGCACCAGGGGAGCUCCCCAGUCUAACUACCUUUGUAUAAAUGGAAAGGCAGUGGCGAUGAACCUCAACAUACCAAAAGGUUUUGCAUCAGUUCUUUCUGUUUACACCGGCUAUUUUCACCUAGCGAUUUGGUGUGUGGUUGAUGCACCUGUUUGCGUUGCCGUAUUCAAGAUUACACAUGGCGACCCAAGCAGUCAGAAUUCUAUAGAACAUCGUCGUCCUACAUUGACCUAUAACGUCGAGCUGGAAGAAGCUUGUUCUGCAGAUGACGCUAAGAAACGUCAAGUGGUCACUCACAAGGUCGACCCCAGCCAAGAAAAGAUUACACUGGUCUCCGAAGUUGUUGGCAGGCAUACUGAAGAGACUUUGGAUGGUACAAUCUUCCAGUCAGCUGGAGGAUGCUACGUAUGGAUCCACAACGAUAACCUGGAGCGAUUCGAUACAUGUCUAUCGGAGGACAUAAUGGUUGAUCUCGACAUCCAGCACAUGGAAGAGCGAGUACGCACUUUGGCCAAUAUCUUCAAAUGAACCCAAGUAGCUAUGACAGUGGCAUUCAUGUACUGCCCUCUUUGUGAAGGUUCGUUGUUCAGGAAUUUAUCAAGAACAGUUGACGGUGACGGAUUGGAAACAUAUUGUACUAAGCUGGGAGCUGUUCAGUUUACUCAAGGCAUUAAAGGAAGCCCUUAAUGGCAAUCACUCAACUCCGAUCAAGACAUCAACAUCCAGUUUACUGGCUUUCUGUGAAAUCUUCAGGAUCCCUACGCCUCAGUGAUGUCAAAUCCACGUUUACAAGUCGUUGACCUACAAUUCGAG